AUCAUCCUUGGUUCCCAAAUUUAGAAAUUCUUGUUCUGUCUGUAUUGGUGGACAUGAUUGUUGUGAAAGGCUUACGCUUUCAACGAGCUUGCGUUUUUAAAUAAGCGGCAUUGCACAUUUUGCCCUUCUGAAAUAAAUCUUGCAAAGAUGAUUUUGAAAAUUUUGCCGCACUUAUUCAAUUCUGUCAAGACUAGAAUGCAGAUGGUGUCAGCCAACUUCUCGCAGCCGGCUAAAAGCAAAUGCGUUGAUAGUUAAUUCUUGUCAGUCGUCAUCGUAAAUACAUUGGAUUCAUCAAUUGUCAAUGCUUGGAAAACGAUGGGAAACGGAUGAUGCAUUUGCGUAUUUGUACUGUAGAACAUCCGAAAUCCUGUGCCCGAGGAAGUUUCCGGAGCUUUACGAAGCCCACCGGUAUCAACAGUGUCGGCCGUUUUUCAGUCUUACGACCGUGAUCAUGAUGGUCUUUUAAGUCGUGAGGAUUUAAUGGAAUCCAUUAUUCAAGAAGCCUCCGACUGCAGAUUGCAAAUUACUAGCGAAAAGGCUAUCACGAUGGUUAAUAAUGUUUUUGACGCAGCAUCCAUACCUUCCAAUGGAAUGCUGAGCGAGGAGGAAUUCUGCAUACUGAUGCAAAGCUACCUUCCUGACAUCAACACCGGAGACCCUUUCUUACAAUCAGAGGCCGCUCAAUCUAGCAGUGCAAUUUCAAAUCCUCCGCGACCAAAUGCAACAAAACUGAAAGAAAGCGCAAAGGCUGCAGUGCAACGUCUUCAGUUAACAUUUUCCUCUUACGCCAGCGAGUUUGUGAUUCUCAUCAUUUAUGUUUUUUUCUGUAUGCUACUGUUCGCGGUUGGGAUGUCGGUGGCAUAUGUGUCAAAUCCGGAAAUGACUGCAGGAAGAUACAUUUAUUCUGUUGCAAAGGGGUUCGGUAUGGUGCUGGAUAUCAACUGCAGCAUAAUAAUACUGCCCAUUCUACACUGGACAGUUACCAUUGUGCGCAGAACGAAGUGGAUCUCCUGUCUGCCCCUGGAUGCUCUCCCGAAAUUCCACAUCAUAUGCGCAGUGUGCAUCGGUGUUGCCGGUUUGGGCCACACGGUGGCGCACAUUAUGAAUUUCAACGCUGUCCUCCACAUAACUAACAACGCAACGAAGAAUUCAUCUAGUUCGUUGAUCGACUAUCUCUUCGUUCCUCAGCAGUAUAUUCCUUAUGGAUUAUUCCAUGGUUUGGCACCGAUUACCGGCUGGAUAAUCAUCGCAGUUUUUCUUGUGAUCGUGCUAUCUUCGUUACCCACGGUUCGCCACUCUCGACAUUUUCAGGUCUUCUACUGGUUCCACAAGCUGACUUUCUUGUUUUGGAUUGUUUUAAUCUUCCAUUCCCGAAAUUUUUGGAAAUAUUUUUUGUUCUUUGCUAUGUUGCUGAUUGUGGAAAAGUGCCACAAAUAUUACGUAGCGGCCAAGAAUUCAACGGCUGAAAUAACAGAAGCGACACUAUUACCAUCACAGGUUAUUCAUCUUAUCAUCAAACGUCCGAAGAAUUUCGUCCACAAUCCAGGAGACUUUAUUUUCGUGAAAAUACCGGCUGUGUCGUGGCACGAAUGGCACCCUUUUACAAUAAGCAGUGCUCCCGAAAUCAAAGAUUAUAUAUGGUUGCACAUUCGCAUUGUGGGAAACUGGACAACUCAACUUUACAACUACCUAAAGAGACAAGAAAAGUGCACCCCCGUAGUGGUCGGCCAGCAAUCCGUGGAAAAAUUUCGCGCAGAAAUCGUAAAAGAUUUAGAUGCUGUCACCGUUCUCCACAGAAUUUCUAAAAGAAAAUCCCAGAAGUAUAAGGAAAACAAACAAACUAAGUCGCUGGAGUUUAAGAACAACUUGGAUAAAGUUUCCAUUCCAUUGGCCUCGCCCAUCCCAUUAUGCAUUGAUGGACCGUACGGGACGUCUACAGCGGCUAUCUUCGACACGGAGCACGCCGUACUCAUCGGAUCCGGCAUCGGCAUCACACCCAUGGCGUCCAUUCUGGGCAGCAUCAUUCACCAUUUCCGACGCAACCGGGUGCAGUGUCCGCACUGCGACAAAGAGGUGCCCUUUACGAACAAUGCAGUAACGAUGUAUAAGCGGCCCGCGAAAAAAUUAAAAAAGGUCGACUUUAUUUGGGUCUGCCGCGAUCAAACGAGCAUACAGUGGUUUAUCGAUUUGCUGGAAGAAUGGGAGCGAGAGCAGAUUACUCUGGAAAAUGCUAAUCAUCCCGGCGAAAACUUUGUAACCGCACAGAUUUAUAUUACCUCCGUGCCCAAGGGCCGUCGUACGUCUGCGGUGGGCUUGUCACUGGGCAUGAAUCUCUAUUAUAAACAAACGCGGACAGAUAUCCUGACAGGAUUAAAAAGCCAGACAAAAACCGGUCGGCCAAAAUGGAGUGAGGUAUUUGACGCGAUUGCCCAUUCGGGGAAAGGUCAAGUCCGAGUAUUCUUUUGUGGCAGCCAACAGCUCAGCCGAGAAAUCCGGCAACAUUGCGCUGUUAACAAGUUUGACUUCUCAUGGGAGAAUUUUUAAGUGUGAGUGCACAAAAAAUCUCGACCGUUGUAAAUUUCUUCGAAUCAUAAUUAUUUAUUUACGUUGUGUUGUAACAACAGUAGCAGGUUAGUAGCUUUCGCACGAGUAAUAUGGCCCGUCAAUGCCGCCAUUAAGUUCUUCGUUAUAAUACGUUUACUGCAAAAAAAAAGGAUUUGAGUCUGCUGUAAGGUUGUCUUAGCCCGUUCAAAUUAUUGAGUUGAUUUUUGCUCAAUGAUUCGUCAAGGAGUUCUUUAUGUGUUGAAGGAUUUCUUCAGAUGAUACCAACAAAUGCUUGUAUUUCUUAAUUACUUUUCUACCAGUACGAAAUACACAGCACGAGGAAAUGCAGGCAAGGCAUAAUAUUA